UGGUACGCCGCGUCUUUUCUCGCGACGCGAGUUGCGACAACCGAAUAAAUUUAUUUUGGGUUAUUUGAUCCUUUUUAAUGGCUGCCGUAUAACGACUGAAUGUGUACUUAAAUCAAACAUGAGUGAUUAUUCUUCUAUGGCUACGCUUCAAAACAAUAGCCAACCGGCGGGAUUUGCGGCUGCUCUACAACGUGCUAAAUUGGUUGCUGCUAAAAUCGAGGGUGGUGGUAGCAAGAGACCUUUGGAAGACGGACCAGAGCCGAGCGCAAAGAAAUUAGCUUCAAUUGACCCGGCAUAUCAACAACAACACGCAGCAAUGAGUUCAUCAUCGGCGGCGGCUGCUGCUGCAGCGGCAGCGGCUGCUGCGGCACGCAUCGCAGCAGCGAACCCCACACCACCAGCCCAGGCCCCACCUGGCCUGAUGCAGGACCAGACCCUCAAUGAGUACAUCCGGGUGCCGGACAAGAUGGUUGGCUUGAACAUACAGGCACCUGCUCUGCCUGGCCUGAUGCAAGAUCAAAUCCUCAAUGAGUACAUCCGAGUUCCGGACAAGAUGAUGGGCCUAAUUAUCGGUCGCGGCGGUGAGCAGAUCACCAGGUUGCAAGCGGAGUCCGGUUGCAAGAUCCAAAUGGCUCCCGGCUCUGGUGGUCAGCCGGACCGCGUCUGCACUCUCACUGGCUCAAGGGAGGCCAUCGCCCGCGCCAGGGAAUUGGUGAACCAAAUAGUGAACCAUCGUGGACGAGAAAAUGCGCCUCAACACGACGGGCCCGGCAUGGGCAUGGGCAUGGGCGGCGGCGACAUGGGCAGCCCGCCCAUGCAGAGGGGCGGCGGCGGCGGCGGAGGCGGCGGCGGCGGCGGUGGAGGUGGCCUCGCCAUUACUGAAGAAGUGAUGCUACCCGGUCCCAAAGUGGGUCUGAUCAUCGGCAAGAACGGCAAGACCAUCAAACAGUUGCAGGAACAAUCUGGCGCCAAGAUGGUCGUCAUCCAAGACGGACCCAACACAGAAUAUGAGAAGCCCCUACGUAUCUCAGGCGACCCGGGCAAAGUGGAGCACGCGAAGCAGCUCGUAUUCGAACUGUUAGCCGACAAGGAUGGUGGUGGCGGCGGCGGCGGCGGUGGCGGCGGCGGCCGACAGUACGACGACGUGUAUUCACCACAAGACCAGGGCAACCAUAUGGGCGGCAACCAAACUGAGGUAUUAGUACCAAAAAUAGCCGUCGGCGUUGUGAUCGGGCGCGGCGGAGACAUGAUUAAGAAAAUCCAGGCAGAAACCGGAUGCCGAGUUCAAUUCCACCAAGAGAGAGACGACGGGCCUGGAGAUAAGAGAUGUUACCUACAAGGCAAACCUCACCAAGUGGACCAAGCGCGUCAAAUGAUUGAAGAUUUAAUCGCCAGCGUCAACGUCUCGCACCAACGCGAAUCGCAAAGGCGGGAUCAAGAAGUGCGAUCCGGGCGCGGUCGCGGCGGCUCCGGGCAGCGCAACGGCGACCGCGGCGACUUCCAGCAGUGGCAGGACCAGGAGAUACGCGUCACCUUCACCGUGUCCAACCUGAAGUGCGGACUCAUCAUCGGCAGAGGUGGGGAAGUAAUAAAACAGAUCAACGCACAAUCGGGCGCGCACUGCGAGCUAGACCGCCGCGCACAGGGCGCGGACCGUAACAACCGCACCUUCUACAUCCGCGGACACCCAGACGCGGUUGAACACUGCAAGAGGAUCAUCAUGGAGAAAGUCGGCAUGCCGGUGAACUUCAUCCAAGAGGGCGGCGGCAAUGGCGGCGGCAGCAACAACGGCAACGGAAACGGCGGCGGCGACUACUACGGCGGCGGAGGCCCGCAGGGCGCCGCCUGGGGCUACAACCCGCACUGGCACCAGCCCAACAACCAGCCGCCACAGCAGCAGCAAGUGAACAUCAACCCGAGCACAGGCCAGCCCGACUACUCGCAACAAUGGAUCGACUACUACCGCUCGCUGGGGCUCGUGAGAGAAGCGGAGGCGAUAGAGCAGCAGGCUAAACAACAGCAGCAAGGUGGAGCCGGCAACGGCGCCCCCGGCCCCGCCGGCCCCGCCGCCGCCGCGCCCGGCCCCGCGCCCUCGCCCGCGCCCGCCGCCGGCGCCGACUACAGCGCGCAGUGGGCCGAGUACUACCGCAGCAUCGGCAAGCUCAAGGAGGCCGAGGCCAUCGAGCAGCAGAUCAAGAUGAAGGUAACUAGCUCGUCCACCUUACCCCGGCCCCGCGCCCUCGCCCGCGCCCGCCGCCGGCGCCGACUACAGCGCGCAGUGGGCCGAGUACUACCGCAGCAUCGGCAAGCUCAAGGAGGCCGAGGCCAUCGAGCAGCAGAUCAAGAUGAAGGUAACUAGCUCGUCCACCUUACC